AUGUUUGUGCACUAUCCUCUCUGUAUAGGAUAUAUCAUCGCGCUUACAAUCAAUGGGCUUUGCCUAUCACUGAAUGCAAAGAAGGCAACCAUUGGGCAAAUUCGGAACGUAUGCUUAUGCAAGACGACUGCUGGAAAUUUUGUAUAUCAUGGCCCAUUGCCACAUAUUGGAAGAUAUAAGCCUUCACGCGGAGCCACUUACUUCUCACCGCCUGAGUUGAAAAUGGAGUUGCUUCAGCGGCAGCUUGCAAUCCAAUGUCGUGCGGAGCCGUCACUCUAUCCAGAUGUUCCACAAAAUGUGGAAUACUUCCAGAAUCUUGUGCCACUGGAAAACAUCAAAUUUACGGGCGGUCACGUGGAUCGUGGUAUUUUUGGGACGCACAUAACAACUGUGUACAAAGCGAUCAAUGUGCGUGAUGGAAUGCCGUACUGCCUGAGGCGAAUUCACAAUCAACUCAGAAGCAAGGAUCCACAUACAGCCAUGUUCGCGGGUGUUAGCACGCUGUGCACUCGAUCUGAUCUCUUUUAG